UUAUCUAAUCCCAACUCCCCAAACCAAAACACCUUAAAAAUCAGAAAGAAAACUAAAAAGAAAGAUAGAGAGAGAAAAGAAACAGAGAAGGAGAACUCAGAACAGAACUCAUUUCUCAGUAGUCAUCACAGCUUUGUCAGGCUAGCCAGAGUUUCUCUCUUCUCUAUUUCUCAUCGAUCACAAAUUCCACCCGUCUUUUCCUUUGGUAAGUUUCUAUAUCAUUAUAAACCAAAUUUCGUGAUUAAAACCAGAAUUCAGAAUUCAAUUGAUUCUUGUACACAUUAUUUUAUCAUUCAAUUCAUAACAUUUAGGGUUUAUAAUAUCCAAUUUGAUCAACAAAUUCAAGAUUUUGAAUUCUCUUUUCUUGUUUUUGUAUAUUUGGUAUGAAUUUUCUUUAAUUUUGCAAUGCAAUUUGCUUACAAUUUUUUUAAUAUUUCUGUGAUUUUACAUAUCUUGUAAAUGUCACGGGUAAUUAACCUGGAAGAAUAGACAAUGUUUUUAUUUGUUUUAUAUUCAUUUCUGGAACAUUGGUCAAGGGGUAACCGAAAAAGCGUGUUAGCUGUGUGAUAAAUUUGUUGUUAUUAUAGGUUGUUUAUUUAUCUUAUUAUAUCAAUCAAAGGCGAAAGAUCAAGAUUUUGAAUUGGGUUUUAUGUGGGGCUUCUUAAUAUAUUUGAAUUGGGUUUUUGGAGCUGCAAGAAGGCAAGAUGAAUGUGGUUGGUAAAGUAGGGAGUUUAAUUUCUCAGGGUGUGUACUCUGUUGCUACACCUUUUCAUCCCUUUGGUGGGGCUGUCGAUGUCAUUGCUGUUGAACAGCAAGAUGGGACAUACCGAAGUACGCCUUGGUAUGUUCGAUUUGGUAAAUUUCAGGGUGUUCUUAAAGGGGCUGAAAAGAUGGUUAAGAUAUCUGUAAAUGGUGUUGAAGCCAAUUUUCAUAUGUACCUUGAUAAUUCGGGAGAAGCUUAUUUUGUAAGAGAGAUUGUACCAUCUAAAGAGACUGAGAAAGACAAAGUUGUUGAAAACUGCGAAAAAUUGGAAGAUACACCGCAGGCUAACAGUAGCAGCAGUAAUGAUAGCAUUGAUAUCUUACGUACCGAGGAAGCUCAGUUGUCAGAGGAAUGUGGUUCAUUAGGUUCACCUAAAAUUGAGAAUUGUGAAACUGAUAAUGCUAAUGAUACAAAGUUAUAUGAAUUCCAAGACAAGCAAUCGCUAAAUGUGGAUUCUGUUGGAUCACCAGAUUAUGAAGGUUAUCAUUAUGAGAGCUUAGAUCAGCUAGAAGAUGCAAUGGAACCUCAAGGUUCUGAUUCAGAAGUGGUCUUGAUUAGUGUGGAUGGUCAUGUACUAACGGCGCCUAUCAGUUCCACAGAAGAGAACAUGGAUAAUGUACAAUUAAGUACCCCACAAUUUCAUCUAGGUCCUGGUGAGGGAGCUGAGUUUAGAAACAAUGAGGAGUUCAGCAACAGUCAAGAUACAUGGGCUUCUGACUACUUAAGCGAAAUUGAUGCCUCUACGCCUAAUAGGACUUCAAAAGAUGUCAUCACUGGCGAUGGUGAUACAAGUGGUUCUGGACGUUUGGUGGAAGUUCGUCAAGUUGAGGGUGAAAUUGCUAUUCAAACUCAAGAGACUUAUAAGGCUCAAAGCAUAAAAAUUGAUUCUGCCAAAUGUAAUGAUUCAGGGGAUGCUGUUGGAUUUAUGAGGAGAAGAGAGAUUUUUAAAAGUUGCCUGGAAUUUCCAGAAUUGAGUGAGCAUGCUCCAGAUGAAGAGUUAAAAGAUAUGGGUUCGCCACGCAUGGAGUUGGUGUUGAGAAAUAGUUUUGAUGAUUCAAUGGAAAAGUCUCCUACUAGCGUCCCGCCAAUGGAGGAACACGAAUCUCAGAAUGGUCUUGCUUAUGAAAACAGCCUGCCAUGCAAGAAUGACUUGUCUUUAAGCACAGAGGAUAUGACCCCGGAGAACAGUAUCUUAACCAUAGGUAAUCCAGAAAGCAUGGUCCCAAAUAGGAGCUCUGAAUAUCCACAAAGUAAUGAUCUGAAUUUGAAAGAGGAACAGUUUGAAUUGGCACAACAAACUUCUGAUAAACCAAGUAAUCCCCAGACACCUCCACUUGAGCCAGUAGAUUGUGUUACAAAUGAACUGGAGACAACGAGUUCUGGUGGUGGGACCAAGGCCAGUGAAGGAAUGGGAUUUGAGAUUUCACUAUGCCGGAAUUUGCUUCAUGCUGGUUUGGGGUUGGGUCCUGCUAGUGAAGUGUUCGAUGCACAUCGUGUAUCUGAGGAGGAAUUCAAAACUUCUGCUUUAUCAAUUACGAAGAAUGAAAAUCUCGUGGUUAGAUUUAAAGGUAGGUACUUGCUGUGGGAGAAAGCUGCACCGGUAGUACUUGGAAAGGUGUCAUUUGGUUUAGAUUUACCUGUUGAUCAUAACGAUGCAAUUCCUGUAGAACAAGAUGAGACACUGAAGCCCGGGGAGGAUUCUCCAGGGCUCACCUCAUCUCCAUCUGGUCGCAGGUGGAGGCUCUGGCCAAUUCCGUUUAGAAGGGUUAAAACUCUUCAGCAUACUAGCAGUAAUGCAUCAAGCGAUGAGGUGUUUGUUGAUUCUGAAUCUGGCUUACUAAACCCACAAGUAGAAACAACUCCAACACCUAGUCGUGGUACCGAGUCUCCUCGCAAGCAACUCGUAAGGACAAACGUUCCCACCACAGAGCAGAUUGCAUUGUUGAAUCUUAAAGAUGGACAAAAUAUGAUAACCUUCAGUUUCUCGACCAGGGUUCUCGGGACGCAGCAGGUUGAUGCUCAUAUAUACUUGUGGAAGUGGAAUGCACGGAUAGUUAUAUCUGAUGUUGAUGGGACAAUCACUAAGUCUGAUGUGCUAGGGCAGUUCAUGCCCUUAGUCGGGAAAGAUUGGACACAAUCUGGGGUGGCACACCUUUUCUCGGCAAUUAAGGAAAAUGGUUAUCAGCUACUUUUCUUGAGUGCACGUGCAAUUGUUCAGGCAUAUCUGACCAGGAGUUUCCUCCUAAAUCUUAAACAGGAUGGAAAAGCUUUACCUAGUGGGCCUGUUGUCAUUUCACCCGACGGACUGUUCCCUUCGUUGUUCAGAGAAGUCAUUAGAAGGGCACCUCACGAAUUCAAAAUUGCCUGUCUGAAUGAUAUUAAGGCCCUCUUCCCUAAAGGUUACAAUCCAUUCUAUGCUGGUUUUGGGAAUAGAGACACUGACAAGGUCAGUUAUAUGAAUAUCGGAAUUCCGGAAGGCAAAAUAUUUAUCAUCAAUCCUAAGGGUGAGGUGGCCAUUAGUCAUCGCAUAAAUGUUAAAUCAUAUACCUCCCUGCACACACUGGUUGAUGACAUGUUCCCACCUACUUCACUUGUGGAGCAGGAAGAUUACAACUCGUGGAACUUUUGGAAAGUGCCAUUGCCAGAACUUGAUUGAGUGAUGCAGAACUUGUGCAUAGCUAGAAAAUGUGGUCGCCAAUUGAUGGAUAGACCUUUGAACCCCGAAACAGAAAUGGUGAACUUUACUGAGGAUGCUGGUUACCUCAUCAUAUGCAGGAUUUAGGUCAUACUGUAGUUCGAACACUCUGUGAUAUUCAUUAUAAGAAAAGUUAUUUCAGAAAAUUGUACCCUUCCUGUGGGGGCAUGAGAACGCCCUGCCUUGUCAUCGGUUAGGUUUAUACGUGCCAAAAAAAAUUCUUAUUACAAGCAAAAUAAAUACCGAAGAUUCUCAGUUGCAACUA